AUGCAGAAUAUGGGUGCGCAGGUGGUGAACUACACCUCGCCCGGGGAUAUAAAUGCUGCACAGCUAGGCGACCAAUCGGCAAAUGCAAUGGUCCCAAGGCAGUCUCAGCUUUCGCAGAUGACGGUGCCGGGCGUGCACGGUUCCCAGCUCGUUGCCCCCUACGCCGUCUCCAAUGUAGUGCACCUGCCGGCGGCAGCCGUUGCGGCAGGCCACGUGGUGCUGAUGGGAUAUGGCGCACAUCCCGUGCCAACUUACCCGUUGGGUGUGGGUGAGGCAUAUCCCCAACUUGCGCAAUUUGACUCGCAAAAUAGCACCAGGAGGUUCGGCAGCACUUCGAUAGAAGGCGACGCUGCGUACGUCAACAUGCCGUUGGGGGCGCAGUACCCUCAACCUGAGGCACCACUUGGCAUAGCGCCUACAAUGCCGAACGCGUCAAAGGAGUCUACACCGAGAAUUGCUUCGCUACCUGAAUCGCCGUCGGCCGAGGCAGCCGUAUCGUCGCCGAAUGCAGCGUCAAUAGCCGCGCAACCUCAAGGAGACACAAAUCCGCUGCCACCUCAGCACAGAGAUGCGCCUCAGGAGCCGACGCCGGAUUGUGCAUCGUCCGAGUUGGAUCAUGCGAGGCAUUUACGGAAGGUCAAAGUGAGAAGGCACGCAUCGUCAGAAAGCAGUGACAGUCUAGCGCCUCUUCCAUUCCCCAGCGGCAAGGCUGGAGCUGCGAAGUGGUGGGGAAUCAAGGUCAACAUCGAGGAGGAGUUCCGGCGGCUGCUGCCGCAUAUGCCGCAAAACACGGACGAGCUGAUCGCUAUGGCCAAGCCACACGUGGACAUCGAGUUGAGCUUCUUUACGGAGUUAGGGGGCAUUUACAAGGAGUUCGAGGAUGAGACAGCGAUGAUCACCGAAAAUUUGGACACGCUACGAAAGCAGCUCAACGAAUUGCACAUUUUGAUGGGACGCACCGUGCCCAGCAAGCUGACCGAACCGAUAAAAAUACACGACCUAUCGAUUUGGGAGCCUGUGCUCAAGGAAAUGAACGACUUCCAGGACCUGGUCGACUACGAACACCGGGAAAAGCGACGGAAGUUCAAGGCGAUUUCGGCGGCCGCGCAGAAACAGGCGUCCAAGUUCGAGAACCGGAAAAUGGCCCUGGAACUGGAUGAAAUAAAGCAGAGGAAGCAACAGUGCAAGACUGUGGCUAACGCCAUAGCGAUCUACUGGAAGAAAAUCGAGCGGUUCGCCUGGGAGCGUAUGAAACGUGACCUGCAGGCCACCCUCAUCGAGAAGAAACGCAUGAGGCUGGACAAGUUCGUUGAAGACGCCAUUAAACUCUCGAUUACCAAGAACGACAAGGUCAGAGCUGACGGCAAGAUGAAAAGGGAGUCCCACGAUAUCAAGCGGCAGCACACCGACGAGGUAACAGAUGAACCUGCUUCAAGCGUGAAAACGGCAGACCAUGGCGAACCGAGGACUGACUAUGUAAAGGAGGAAUUUGUGAAAGUGGAACGGCGCGACGCAGGCUCUCCUUCCACAGCUAGUGAUACCACCCGCGACGACGGUGCAACGAAAGGCGUUGCUGAUGACGAAUUUGUCAUAUCCGAAGAGAUGAAGCGGAUGGAGCGCGACGACGCGCUGCUCGACAUGGCCAUGGAGAAGGAGGAGCAGCUCGACGAGGCUGCUGGUAGCCAAACUAAGGAGCUGAAUGCCCUUGAGGACGACCUGAACUUGCCAAUCGAAGAAAUUCUGCGCCGUUACAGGGAGGAAGAGGAAAAGUUUAAAGAGGAACACGACAUCUCAUCGCACUCCGAGGCUGACGACGGGACGGAAAUGAGUUCGUCUGAACACAGCGACAAUGAACUGCGUUCCGAGGAAGAAAAUGACGGAGGGGAUGAAAUGGACGUCGACGAUGAAGAUGGUUCAGAAGACGAGACAGACUCUGAAGACGAAAAAGGUGACAAGGAACUGGUUCCUCCCCAAUCGUUGGCCGCAACUCGAAGCAAACGGCAUCGCCCAGAAAGUUUCACCGCAACGCCAGAUGCAGCGAAAGGCGAAUCGCGCGAGGAUACUAAGUCAGGGUCGCAAGAGGGUGGUAAAGAUGACAUGGAGGCUGAAUUCACACUGGGGGAUGACAGGUUCAAGGAGCAGGAGGACGAAGAUCUGCACCUUGACGAGGCAAUAAGCGAUGAGCACUCCGACAACGAAACUGGCAAGCAAGAGCGCGUCAAGGAGAUAUCGGCUCUGGAGGAAGAUGCGAACCUGCCUAUAGAGGAGCUCAUCGCUCGGUACAGGGCUACCGGCGGAUACGGCGAGAGUAGCGACGACAUGUCAGUGGAAGAAACCGAGUCACAGACAGCGUCCGAUUCCGAAGGAGACGAUGCCAAGACCGUUGAUGGGUCGAAGGAGGAUGAAUUCAGUGGUGAAGCUGAACGUGACGAUUCCACGGCGGAGUCGUCUGCAGACGAUGAAGAUGCUGUCCAGGUGCCGUCUCUAAUCCGGGCCACGUUGCGGCCAUACCAGAUUGACGGGUUGCGGUGGCUGGCUUCGCUAUAUCGCAAAGGUUCCAACGGCAUCCUGGCGGACGAAAUGGGACUGGGUAAAACUCUGCAGACAAUCGCCUUAUUGGCGCACCUGGCUUGUGACCACGGCAACUGGGGGCCGCACCUCAUCGUCGUGCCUACGUCCGUGCUGCUGAAUUGGGAGAUGGAGUUUAAGAAGUUCUGCCCGGGUUUCAUGAUUGUUUCGUAUUACGGUUCGCCUGCUGAGAGGGCGAAGAAACGUAUCGGGUGGAACAAGGAGCAUGCGUUCAACGUGUGCAUCGCGUCAUACGCCACUGUCGUGCAGGACUCCUACAUUUUGAAGCGUAAGAGCUGGGUGUACAUGGUUCUGGAUGAGGCACAGAAUAUCAAAAACUUCCACUCCAAAAGAUGGCAGACGUUGCUUACCUUCAACACCGAGGGUCGUAUUCUGCUCACAGGAACCCCGCUACAAAACUCGCUGCAGGAACUGUGGUCGCUCAUGCAUUUCAUUCUGCCCGAUGUGUUCACGUCGCACUCGGAGUUCAAGGAGUGGUUCAGCGACCCCCUCACUGAGUCCAUUGAGCGGGAACAGAUGAACGGGGAGGGGAACCAGCAGGACCUCCAGACUUCCCACCUUGUCCAAAAGCUGCACACGGUGCUCCGACCGUACCUGUUGAGGCGCCUUAAGAAAGACGUGGAGAAACAGAUGCCUUCGAAGUACGAGCACGUGAUCAAGUGCUACCUGUCCCGCAGGCAAAGGGUGCUCUACGACGAAUUCAUAUCGAGUCGCAGCGCAGUGGAAGCGCUGAAGAACCCCAACUACAGAUCGAUGCUGUUCGUGCUAAUGCAGUUGAGGAAGAUUUGCAAUCACCCAGACCAGCUGCAGUCAAGGCCUGUUGAAACGCCGUAUUAUGACCCCGCCAUGAUGGAGAACGUGGCUUUCCCGAUGAUGUUCCUAUUACCGGAGUUGCGACGUGGAGCCAGAUUGUACCACCAUGAUGUCAUCGAUAUGCGGGUGCACCCGUCUGAGACGCUACCCAUAAUGGUGGGCGCCAGGGGCCACCAAGACCGUGUGGUCCUGCCGCCCUCGUUUGUCAGAUCCUUCCGAGGCAGCAAGGUGCAGUUCCAACGCGUUUUUAGGCAAAACAACAACGCAUACGACGGAGACGUGGCCCAGCUACCUGUGGUGUCCCGAUUCCCGAUUUCCAAGUGCCUGCUUAGUCGGAAAUCAGGUGGAAGGCGGAAACUUACGCUUUCUGGAUUCCUCGUCGAACACAUGCUUUCGGGCAACCCAUUCGAAGAUAUUAGACGGCGCCAUAUGCGUUGUUCGCCAACUAGACGUGCGUCGGUAGGGCGCGAAUACGACCAAACUCUGGGGCCGUCGAUUUCAAUCACGGCUUCCUCUUGCGCCUUUUCGGAAUCCGAUGCCACCUCAACAAACUUCGGGUUCCACGACAGGUUCCAACAAGUAGGUAACGGGAUCGUAGCCAUGGCCUUAGACAGCGGACGGUCUGUCAGUACGAGCAGCCCCGCCAACGCAGUGAUGCAAGACAUUGAUCCAUUCGUCAACAUUCCCACACCUCCCCACCACGCAGGGCCGAUGAUGCACAACAUGGAUUACUUUUUGCCGACGAGCGAUAUAUCCGAUGUUUCGGACUUUGCUACGGAGUCCAACUAUGUAGUUUGCACUACCGAUGAUGCAACCCAUGACGUGGAUCCGACCGUAAUGCACGAACCCAAGUAUUUCGCUCGACAAAUCGAUGACUCCAACGUAGUAGUGAAUAAGCGGGAGCUGCUGGAGGUGAACGACAGUUUCCUGCUGAACAAGUUCACCAUCGAUCGACGCCCGAAGCCCAAGGCCGAAUUCUUCCAGAAAAUCAUAGCGCCCACCGUGGACGACGUGGUGGAACGCAACUGGUGGAUGUUGUCACGGUUUGUGUGCACUACCGGCAAGGUUGUGGAGUGCAACCCGAGGCGGGUCGUCAUGGUUGGCCAAGGAGGUGUGGCCUGGAACUGCCGGCAAGAGGCCACGGCACAGCGGAUCCACAGCAAACUACAGCGGCCUUCAUCAUUCAGGUACUUCAAGGAAACGAAAUGCAGCAUUGAGCACGCCCGGGGACUGCAGAAGGUGCUCUUCCCGCCUCGAAGCCUGCUGCACGAUGAUUGCGGCAAGUUCCUGGUCCUGGGGCGUCUGCUGAAGAGGUUGAAGAGCGAGGGGCACAGGUGCCUGUUGUACACCCAGUUUUCCAAAAUGCUGGACAUCCUGGAAAACUGGAUCAACUUCAUGGGGUUCACAUACGUCAGACUCGACGGGUCCACCAAGGUGGACAUGAGGCAGCGUAUCGUCACGAAGUUCAACGAGAACGAGAAGAUAUUCCUGUUCAUCUCCUCCACACGUGCUGGUGGUGUAGGUCUGACGCUGACGGGUGCCGACACUGUCAUCUUCUACGACACCGACUGGAACCCGGCGAUGGACAGGCAGGCUAUGGACAGGUGCCACCGUAUCGGGCAGACGAGGGAGGUCAACGUGUACCGCUUGAUCAGCGAGCACACCGUCGAGGAGAACAUCUGGCGCAAGCAGCUGCAGAAGCGGCGGCUGGACGACAUCGUGGUGGACAAGGGCAACUUCGACAGCGAACACCACAACUGGUUCUCCAAUGUCGACACGCUCAUGACCAUCCUGAAGCAGCAGACGGCAGAGGGCCGCGAAAACGCCACGGACGAUGACGAUAUCUACGGCAAAAAGGUGUUGCACGAAUCUCAAGCGCCGGAGAUGGACGCCGCGAUCGGCCAUCAUGGCCCGCCGCCGAGGGUGGUGAACAUGCUGGUGGAGGCGGAGGACGAAGACGACGCCAACGCGCUGAAGAACCGCAGCAAGGAGGCGAGGAGCGCGAACAAGGACUUCCAGGACUUCAGUGGCGACAUGAUUUCCUCGAUGCCGGCGCUGGUCGCCUAUUCCAUCCAGCUCUUGCUGAACUACCUCACGCCCACCCUGAUCGCCCAACGCGAUGAGAUGAAGGUCAAGAUCAAAGUGGAGUCCAUGGACUCUGCCGUGGAGGAGGACUCCGAAUCGUCAGCCUCCGAGGUCGGCUACGGGUACGACUCGGAGUCGAGCGAGUAG